UUAAUAGCAAAUAAUUGAUAUGAAAUAGGCCGUCAAUGCGAAAAUUUGGUGAAAAAACUGACUAUGGUGGUUUCAACUCUACAGACGAACCACGAAAAGAUCAUGAACAUAGGUCGAUUGCAGAGGAAAUCAGACAGCAAGACAACAUGACAGCAAAACAAAAAUUAGAAAGUAAACACGGUGUGCGGUAUACAGAACUUUUACGACUUCCAUAUUUCAAUGCAAUAUCAUCCUUUGUUGUUGAUCCAAUGCACAAUCUUUUCUAAGGGACCGCAAAAUAUAUGUUUAAGACUAUAUGGAAGGACAAACUAACAGGCCAAGAUCUUCAAAAAAUUCAAGACAUGGUUGAUAAUGUAACUGUUCCUGCAUCGUUUGGAAGAAUUCCGCGAAAAAUCAAAUCCUCUUUUUCCAGUUUAACCUCAGAACAAUGGAAAAACUGGACCUUAUAUUUUUCACCGAUUGCACUGAAAGGUCAUCUACCGAAAAAGGACUUCGACUGUUGGUUGUUAUUUGUUGAGGCAUGCUGGUUACUAUGCGUAUCAUCAAUAACUAUCCAGGACUUAAGAAAAGGCCACGAGAAAAUUGUUGAAUUCUGCCGUACAUUUGAGAGCAUUUAUGGGUCAGCUAUGGUAACACCAAACAUGCACUUACAUAUCCAUCUUGUUGACUGCAUAUUAGACUAUGGACCCUUUCACGGAUACUGGUUCUUCGGAUUCGAAAGAAUGAAUGGCGUUUUAGGAUCCUUUAGUACAAAUCAGCGAUCCCCAGCGAUUCAGUUUAUGCGUAAAAUAUCAGAAAUCCAAUUUGUUCAUGGACUUACAAAAUUACAUCACCUUUCGGACCUUUUUUCUUCCUCGUUUAAAUUCGAAAAUACAGCCCAUUCAGAAACAAAAGAUACAGCAGUUGUGCAACGUUUGAUAUCUUUAUCAACCGGAGAUAUCAGCCGUUCGAACGACUGGUUUUGUAAUGCAGACAUCAGCUUCAACGGAAUACGACAUGAUGCCUUUAUGAACGACCACUAUUUGGAUUUUCUACAAGAAUCGGUACGGUGUAUUAUUGAUAUAAAUGAAUAUGAAAUCAGUGGCAGUUGUAGCAAAUAUUUUGCAAUUGAGAUGUGCGGCGAGAAAUACGGAAGCAGCAAUUCACGACUCUCAAGAUCUUCAGUUGUACUUGCCUCAUGGUGUGGAAGUGAAGGGGGCAUCUUGCAAAAUGAGUUUAAACUUCGUCCGGGUGUCAUCAGAUUUUUCAUAACAUUUUUUAUCAAAACAGAUGACCAGUACAAGCCUGUCAACUUUGCCUUUGUACACUGGUUUAAAAGUGUACCUUAUGAGUACAACCGUUUUGUCAGCUUGUGGCGCAGAGGAAUGUUUGAACCAGAGGGACCAUAAAGUUUUCUACCCGUACAGCGGAUCCAUGGAAAAGCUAUAUGUACACAGACUAAAGUCAGGAAUGAAAUUGUUCUAGCAGUAAUACCACAUUUAAGACAAUUAUUUCACUAAUUACAUGUACAUAUUGGAGGCUUUAAUAUUAAGCAUCUCAGAUAACAUUUUAAAACUUAUUGAAAAUUCACAGCUUUGCCUUUUUUAUAUUUCGGAUGUCCGCAUCAGUAAUCAGAAACCACACGUCGUAAACAUUUCAAAAGGUUCUACUAGGCAUUACUUUUACAUGUCUUUCUGUGCUUUUGAUGAAUGGGGUAUACA